GCGCCCCCCGGGGGCGGGGCCUUCUGGCGGCGACUCCCGCGAAAAGGAGAUGGCCGAGGGAUCAGGGUCUCGGCGUCGCUCGCUGUAUAAACUGGUGGGCUCGCCGCCUUGGAAAGAGGCUUUCAGGCAGGGAUGCCUGCAGAGAAUGAGAAACAGCCGGGACAGGCUCCUGAACAAAUAUCGCCAGGCUGGAGGCAGUAUGUCAGGAGGAGCUCAGAACACCUUUCUAGUGCAGGAGGUGAUGGAAGAAGAGUGGAAUGCUUUGCAGUCGGUGGAGAGCCGGCCAGAGGCCUUGGCUCAGUUGGAGGAGCCGCUGGACCUGGCCGUGCUGGAGGAAAUCCAACAGGACCUGAUUGAUCAAGAACAGUCCAUCAUCAGUGAGUACGAGAAGAGCUUGCAGUUUGAUGAAAAGUGUCUCAGCGUCAUGCUGGCUGAGUGGGAAGCAAACUCCCUCAUCUGCCCUGUGUGUACAAAGUACAAUCUGAGAAUAGCAGGCGGUGUGCUCAUGUGUCAGUGUGGCCUGUACAUCCCAUCUCAUUCUCCGGAGGUGACAGAACAAAAGUUUCGCGCCUGUUUGGAAGACAGCGUGAACGAGCACAGUGCAUAUUGUCCCCACACGCCGGCAUUUUCGGUCACUGAAGGAACAGAGGAAAAGUCCAGUCUUCUCAUGAGCUGUCUGGUAAGCCUCCCCCAGGACCCAGUGGUAAAAGCGGGUCAGUGGUUGCUUUUACUCCCACCCUGGUAGGAAAGAGGCAAAUGUUUAUAAAAAUGCAGUUUACUCUCUGAGGAACUUUACUUGCAUAGAAAAGUGAAGUCACUUCAGUUAAAAAGGCCAAUCAUCCCCUGAAAGGGGGAGGGACAGAGGCAGCCCAGGUCGUGGAAGGAGCAGCAUAAGUGUCAUUACUGGUUACAACUUGUAACCAUAUAUUGAGAUCACUUUUGGGACUGGAAUAUAAUUUAAGCUAACUUUUUUUCUAUUUAAAUUCAGGCUUGUGAUACUUGGGCUGUGAUCCUCUAGAGCCAACCCUGAUGCACACGAUCUACUGGGUUGGAAACAAGUUCUGUCUUGGGAAGGGGCCUUGUAAAUACAGAUCUUUCAUUUAUAAC